AUGUACUAUUUGGCUAAUUUAAACCUGCACGGGAUAGACUUAUUCAAGGACGUUUGUUCCGUCGACGUUGAGCUUUGUUGCACCGAGGAUUCAACGUCUCGUAUCCAGGAUAGCUUUCAAGAAAGAGAGGUCGAGUUAACUCAACACAACGGCUCUGAGGACUGCGCAUUCGAGUCUGAGUCCGACCAGUCAGAUAUGUCAACACCACGCUCAUUGUCGGUCCCCGGCCGUAGGGAAAGAGACCGGGAAAAAAGCCUGAGCUUUCCAGGUCUGCGAAGAAGUCCCGCUAUGCUUCGCAGUACACCAUCCCGACCUCAGCAAAUCCCUCGUGCUCCCACUUUUACUAGCUCGUUGGGAGAGAAUGACCUCACAUCCAUGACUGACGAACAAAUUGGGAUGGCUGGAAUUCGCAACGCGUAA